AUGAAAUCAUCAAAUACCCAAAACCAAACACCUGCAAAAGUUAAUAAAAGAAAAAGUUACUAUAUUCCAAUUGAUAGCUCACAAAAGAAAAAAGCUGGUAGACCACCUGUAACAGAGCCAAAAAUUUGUAAAAGAUGCAAAACAGAUGAUUCAUGUGAAUGGAGAAGAGGCCCUGGCUAUUGCUAUUUAUGCAAUAGCUGCGGUCUUCAAUAUAAAAAGAUUCUAAAGGCCCUAGCUCCAUACAAAGUAGACUAUCAAUAUGCCGUGUACAGCCACAUUGUCCCUCUUAUUAAAGACGUAUAUAUGUUAAGAAUUUAUACCUCUGUUGAACAUAUAUCGGAUUUAAUCAAAAGGCUAUUCAAAUGUUCCCGUGUCAGCCGUGACCAAUUCGUCAUAAAACUCGGUAGAUAUUACGUAGAGUGGAACGGCCCUAAAUAUCAAUUUUUUGAUCAAGUUUUAACACCACAAAUAAUUCAAAAAUUUGAAAACCUAGAAACCAAAAACUUGUUUUAUUUCAAACCAAAAUAAAUCUUUAUAUUUUCAUAUUAAUUCCAAUAUUACUUUUAAAAUUCAAACAAUACUAAUUAUUUUUAUAAAAAAUUAAAAUUAAAAAACAACUAUAAAUAAAUUAAAUAUAACUAUACU